AUGGACCUAAUCACCUGGGAAUUCUCUUCCCCACAAUCGCAGCAGGAGCUGGAUUAUGACAAGAGAGCAAGGUCAGCACCUUGGGCAGAGCAAACAUCUGCUGAGAGCACCUCUCCUCCCCUCAUCCCAAGCCUCAUUGUGUCGGUGUCUUUAUUUGGGCUUUUAGUGAAUGGAAUUGUCCUCUGGCUCCUGGACUUCCGAAUUAAGAGGGGUCCCCUUGCUGUCUACUUCUUCAACAUGACCAUUGCUGACUUCUUAUUCCUUUUCUGCCAUAGUGUGAAUAUUAUGGGGAAAUGGCUUUUUUCUCUUGAUUGGGACAUAGUUUUCUUAAUGCUCUCAGAAUUUUGUGCCUCUGUGAGUGAGAACAUCCUAGUCACCAUGAGCAUGGAGCGCUGUCUUGCCUACCUCUACCCUAUUUGGUACCAACGGAACCGUCCCAAGCGCACUUCUGCCAUUGUGUGCUCCCUCAUAUGGCUCCUGACUGUUCUGGUGUCUGGGAUCCAAUAUAUCAUUUGUGGACUAUUCUCCUCUUCCAGUGGCUGUCAGGAGAUCAUUAGGCACAGUUACGUGUGGCCGUUCCUGCUCUCCCUGCUGCACAUGGUCAGCCUGAUUCUGCUGUCCUGUGUCCAGUGUAGACGUGGCCAUUGCCCCAGAUCCUCCAGCUUUUGGAUUCUGGUGGUCCUCCUCAGCUUCCAGCUCCUGUUUCAUAGUUUGCCCUUUUUCAUCAGCCAAUUCAAUAGUGAACCCGAAGAUGAGAUCCCUAAAGCUGAAAGUGUCUCCAGCUUAUACUACAGUGAGUCUGACUCUGUGAUUUUUGAAAUUGAAGACGACGUGGACAUUCUGGCGUCCUGUAUGGAAAACAGUUUUCAUCCUGUCACUUACUUCUGCAUGAGCUGCUGCAAAAAAAGGAGAGAGGGGGAGCCACUCAGGGUGUUUCUCCAGAGGAUCCUGAUGGAUGAGGAAGAACUGGAGGAUGGAACAGAAAUUGUCUAUGGGUCUCCUGGGGAUGUUGCUCUUACUCUGACUGAGGACAGGACUUCUGAGGAACUCAGGGGAGAUGUUAGUGCUCCAUGUCCCGCCCUACCCAUAGAACUAGUCUGCCCAGAGAAGUCUGGAUUUCCUUCCUCUGAGCUCCCCACCCCACUUUUCUGGAGUUUGGAAUGUCCUGGUCCUGGAGACUCCAGGGAUUCCUUGGGAAGUGAGGCUAAAGACUCCUUAGGUGGUGACCUCAGAGGCCAUGUCUAA